GACGCUUGAACUUUGUCAAACAGAAAUACAGGCAUGUUGACAACAUCAUGUUUGAGAACCACACAAUUGCAGAUCGCUUCCUCGACUUCUGGCGGAAGACGGGAAACCAACACCUCGGGUACCUCUACGGCCGGUACACAGAGCACAAAGACAUCCCCCUGGGCAUCCGGGCGGAGGUCGCUGCCAUCUAUGAACCCCCCCAGAUCGGUACACAGAACAGCCUGGAGAUCCUGGAAGAUCCAAAAGCUGAGGUGGUGGAUGAGAUCGCUGCGAAGCUCGGUCUGAGAAAGGUUGGCUGGAUAUUUACUGAUCUGGUCUCUGAAGACACGCGGAAAGGGACCGUUCGAUACAGCAGGAACAAGGACACAUAUUAUCUGAGUGCAGAAGAGUGCAUCACAGCUGGGAAUUUUCAGAACCAGCAACCCAACAUCUGUCGCCUUUCUCCAGAUGGUCAUUUUGGAUCCAAGUUUGUCACGGUUGUGGCUACAGGUGGUCCCGACAACCAGGUGCACUUUGAGGGGUACCAGGUCUCGAAUCAGUGCAUGGCGCUGGUUCGGGAUGAGUGUUUGCUGCCCUGCCGAGAUGCGCCGGAGCUGGGCUACGCCAAGGAGUCGAGCAGCGAGCAGUACGUGCCCGAUGUGUUCUAUAACGACAUAGACAAGUUUGGCAACGAGAUCACGCAGCUGGCCCGCCCGCUUCCAGUUGAAUACCUAAUCAUAGAUAUCACUACAACGUUUCCCAAGGAUCCAGUCUACACUUUUUCUAUUUCUCAAAAUCCAUUCCCCAUCGAGAACCGCGACGUGCUGGGAGAGACUCAGGACUUCCACAGCUUGGCCACGUACCUGUCCCAAAAUACUUCCUCCAUUUUCCUAGACAUCAUUUCCGAUUUCCAUCUGCUCCUCUUCCUGGUCACGAACGAGGUCAUGCCUCUGCGGGACAGCAUCAGCUUGUUGCUGGAAGCUGUGAGGACCAAGAAUGAGGAGCUCGCGCAGACCUGGAAGAAAUCGGAGCAAUGGGCCACCAUCGAGCAGCUCAAAAAAAAUAAUAUGGGAGGUUCCUUGUCCCUCAGGCGAAAGGACAGCCCGGUGGCGCUGGGCGGGGGGACGGCAGCCUGGGACCCGCAGGGCCGAGCUGUGGGGUGCCCAGAUCUGCCACCACCUCGGAGCCUUCCCAGG